CCACCACCAAGCCACCAACCUACGUCGACACCAACACAAACACGGACCUGAGAUUUCGACCCGGAUACACCUCUUACGAAGCAUACAUCCAACGGCAGCUCAACAAAACCCUAAACGAUAAACUCCGUCGAAUAUGGACCACCCGUGAUUGGGAGCGAAAGAUCCAAAUUUUCUCUAUCUUCUUCACGGAACUCAAACACAAAAACCUCCUCUCCAACUCCUCCAAAUCUCUCUCCAUCGGAGCUCGGGUCGGGCAAGAAGUCGAAGCACUGAAACGGAUCGGAGUAUCUGACUCAAUCGGCAUUGACCUGGUCCCAUACCCACCUCUCGUGAUACAUGGAGACUUUCAUCACCAGCCGUUCCAUAAUGAGACUUUCGAUUUUGAGUUCUCGAACGUGUUUGAUCAUGCUCUGUACCCAGAUAAAUUCGUUGGGGAGAUCGAACGGACUUUGAAGCCUGGUGGGGUUUGUGUUCUACACGUGGCAUUGUCGAGACGGUCCGAUAAGUAUUCAGCUAAUGACUUGUACAGUGUCGAACCGUUGAAGAAGUUGUUUCGCGGGUCUGAGUUACUUUAUGUGAGAACCGUUGAUGGGUUCGGGUUGGAUACUGAAGUGGUUUUCAGGAAACGGGUGACUUUACGAUCUUGA